CCACAUGUUCACCCCCCUAUCUGUCUCUCCCUUCCCCUCACUCUCUUUCUCCCUCUCUCUUUCUCUAGUUCAAUGGUGUUGUAUUCUCUUUUUCUGCUCUCAUUAACUACCCAGAGAGAGACAUUGUAGCACAGUUUUCCAAGGCAAUACUACAGCAACUGGUUUUGGGAAAAGACACUUCCAUUUGCAGCAAAGAAUUGAGCGCAGAGAACUCCAGAGCCACAACACUCCUAAACUCACUGUAACAUUUUGCAUAUCAAGACACCUGUGCCUUUCCUGUAAGAAGUAUGGAGCUACAGAAGAUGAAUGGUACCCAUCUCCACGACUUCCACCCUUUGGAAGAAGGGGAUUGUAACUCGUGGUUUGAACCCGAACAAGAGGAGAUGCUGCCCCAUAAGAGUGAUGGCGAAAAGAAAUCACAGUUUACAGAUUUUGAAGGCAAGACCUCUUUUGGAAUGUCUGUUUUCAACCUCAGCAAUGCCAUCAUGGGUAGUGGGAUUUUGGGACUGUCAUAUGCCAUGUCCAACACUGGCGUCAUCCUCUUUGUGGUCUUGUUGACUUGCAUUGCUCUCCUGUCGUCUUACUCCGUUCACCUGCUUCUGAAGAGUGCUGGAGUUGUGGGUAUUCGUGCAUAUGAGCAACUGGGGAUGCGAGCCUUUGGUCACCCCGGGAAGGUGUUAGCUGGUAUGGUGAUCACUAUGCACAACAUUGGGGCCAUGUCCAGCUACCUAUUCAUUGUGAAGUACGAGCUGCCCCUGGUCAUCCAAACCUUUCUGGGAAAGCAUUCCAACACUGGGGAAUGGUUCUUGAACGGCAACAACCUCAUUGUCAUUGUCAGCAUCUGCAUCAUCCUACCCCUUGCCCUGAUGAGACAACUGGGGUAUCUUGGCUACACCAGUGGUUUCUCUCUGAGCUGCAUGGUAUUUUUCCUGUGCUCGGUCAUAUACAAGAAAUACAACAUCCCUUGUCCCUUUGAGACCUUCAAUAGCAACAGCUCCUACAUAAACGCCACAGUUGAAGAGGAAGAUUGUGAAGGGAAGCUUCUCACCAUCAACCAGCAGACUGCCUACACAGUUCCCAUCCUGGCGUUUGCCUUUGUGUGCCACCCCGAGGUGCUGCCCAUCUACACCGAGCUGCGCAAUGCCACCAAAAGGCGCAUGCAGUCUGUUGCAAAUGUGUCCAUCUUGGGCAUGUUUUGCAUGUACCUCCUCACUGCAAUCUUUGGCUACCUCACCUUCUAUGGAAAUACGGAGGCGGAGCUGCUUCAUACGUACAGCAAGGUGGACCCCAUGGACACGCUAAUCCUGUGCGUGCGAUUGGCUGUUCUGGUGGCCGUCACGCUCACUGUUCCUGUUGUGCUGUUCCCGAUCCGUAGGGCUCUUCUGCAGCUCCUGUUCCCAGAGAAGCCCUUCCACUGGGCCCGCCACAUCGGCAUCGCCGUCUGCCUACUCUUUGUGGUCAACCUGCUGGUCAUUCUCGUGCCCAACAUCCGAGACAUCUUCGGCAUCAUCGGCGCCACAUCUGCACCCAGCCUAAUCUUCAUCCUGCCUGGCCUGUUCUACAUCCGCAUCGUGCCCACAGAACAGGAGCCCAUGAACUCCAGACCAAAGAUCCAGGCCGCCUGUUUCACUGCUAUGGGCUUCGUCUUCAUGACCAUGAGUAUGACCUUCAUUGCCCUUGACUGGAUCACGGGAGAGAAGAGGAGCGGCGGUGGACACUAGUACCACCCCCUGUCCAAGAGAGGUCUCGACGCCUGUCCCCGGGGUCACCCUGUGGUCGUCCCUGACCCCCCCGAUUCAGGUCGGUCGGGCCAGUCAGGCGAGCGGAGUCAGCCACAGCGGACAGGCCGGACCCCCCUUCCCUCUGACCACGUCUUUACCUCCCUGUGUUGCGGUAAAAAACCCGUGUUUCCCGCCACCACCUUUGAAAAAAAACAAAAGAAAAAAACAACGAAUGCUAAUGUCUGUUAACUAUGAUGAAUUUUCAUGGUAGCCAUGAUAGUCGCAGAGGAAGUGGAAGUGUGAGGUCACGUCCCCGUGGCAGCAGUUUGGGGAGACGUCUCAAUUGUUUCAGAGAUGAUGACCGUUUUUUUUUUCGUUUUUCAAAAUGAUAUGUUUUGUUUU